AAAGUUUGUUUGUUCGCGGAAUGCAGUGUGUGAUGAAAACGUGUCAGUAACCUUGUUCGGUAAUAAUCAAAUUAAUCUGAUCUGGAUAUUCAAUACAUAUUGUGGACUUCCGAAACUGACAGUGCCAUUACGCACGAAGCUCCUUUUCUCGAACCGAUUUUUUUGCGCUGCUGGCUUGCUUGAAGCUUUAACGAGUAUCGGUGUUCAACAUACAAGAUGUGAAUUUCAACGAUCCUCAUGCAAAUCUAAAAGGAGGCUAUGCAGAGCAACAGCGACCCGAGUUGUGGAAAGAUAGUCUACUUGUGUAAAUAGUGCGACUCCGCCGUGAAAGCCUCUUCAGUUUGACUUUAUAUUAAACUGAUCGGCUUGAUUGCUACUUGAUCAAUAGGAAAGAUACGGUUCUACGCAUGGACUCAAGACUGACAUUCCAGUAGUAGCCAAGAUAAGCUUUAGGUGGCUACCAGCUGGUUGCUAAGAAGGGUUAAAUUGUAUCUAAAGGGAGUUUGGAAACCCAGCCUUUCUUCCACACGGAUCAACUCAUUGGGUGGGAGCUGAGAGAGAGACAAGAGUCCCCAGCAAAUCAGGAGCUAAUUGAUUAAAGAGACUUCAUUUGAAUAGGGGGCUGGCGAGGUGCCAAUCGCCUUUCAAAGAACCACCGUAUGAUUAAUCGCAGAGCAUUAUUGAUAAUCAUAACAGGGCACAUGCGCGGUGGAUGGGCUCGAUUUCCGUAAUUUUGAGCUGAUUUUUUAGUAAUUUUUUAUUCUUUCCUGGCUGAUGUGUGAGCCAGCAUGUCGCGGAGGAAACAAGCGAAGCCGCAACAUUUCCAAUCGGACCCUCAUCUGGCCUUAUCCGAACACAAUGGGGACACAGAGCCGUGCUCAGAAGACCCCCCCUGUAAGGAGUCAGAUGCCCACGUCUGUAACAGAUGUUGCGCUGAGUUCUUUGAACUAUCAGAUCUUGAACAACACCAGAAGAAUUGCACUAAGAAUCAAUUAGUUCUGAUAGUGAAUGAAAAUCCCGCCUCUCCCGCCUCUCCCUCCGGAACCUUCUCGCCUGGCUCCCCUCCCAAUAAUCCUGAUGAGCAGAUGAAUGAUACGAUUAAUAACACUGAUCAAGCUGACUGCAGCGACCUUUUGGAGCAAAACACUCUCGACAAAGAAGAAUCUAUGGACCUGGACGUAUCUGGGAUCACCAAUGGUCAUGAAGAUGGAAACAGACAUGUGGAGGGUAGCAGUCCUAUAAACACAGGCAGGGGAAGCUCUGGACCCACAAUGGGCACUUCUGCCAUCUCUGCCCCUCUACCUCAGCUUGGAAACCUGACAGAACUGGGAAACUUCUCCAUGAUCAACAGCAACGUCAUCAUUGAAAACUUGCAGAGCACCAAAGUGGCUGUGGCCCAGUUUUCCCAGGAGACGCGCCCAUCUGGACCAGCAGGACCGAGGGUGGCUGUGCCAGCCCUGAUGGAGCAGCUACUGGCCCUCCAACAACAACAGAUCCACCAACUGCAGCUCAUUGAACAGAUCCGCCACCAGAUAUUGCUCCUGGCUUCUCAGUCCCCAGAAAUGCAGGUGCCCCCCAGCACUACUCCAGGCAAGUUGGGACCCUCUGCCAGCCCACUGACCACACUAAGCUCCCAUCUCUCCCAGCAGCUGGCUGCAGCCGCAGGCCUAGCACAGAGCCUCGCUAGUCAGUCAGCCAGCAUCAGCAGCCUGAAGCAGCUGGCUGCAGCGGCGCAGCUACCUCAGCCCAACCCCAGCAGCAGUGAAUCAUCUCAGAGCAUUAGCACACUGGGGCCGUCAGCAGUCAAUGCCCAGUCAUCUGACAAGAGGCCAGGCCACACGGGCAGCCUCCACUCUCAAUUCACCAACUCUUCACUAGCUAAGUCAUCCACACCAGCCUUUGGGAUAGGUAGCCUGUUGAACUCUGCAACAAAUCCACUUCUACCUCAGCCCCCAACUGGCAACCCACCGUUCUCCAACUCUCUGCCCAGUGUUGGUACCACAGUGGAGGACCUUAACUCUCUAGCUGCCCUGGCCCAGAGGAAAGGCAAGCCCCCAAACGUCACUUCAUUUGAAACCAAGAGCAACUCAGAGGAGGCUUUCUUCAAGCAUAAGUGCAGGUUUUGUGCCAAGGUGUUUGGGAGUGACAGUGCCUUGCAGAUCCACCUGCGUUCUCACACUGGUGAGAGGCCGUAUAAGUGUAACAUCUGUGGAAACCGCUUCUCCACCCGUGGCAACCUAAAGGUCCAUUUCCAACGUCAUAAAGAGAAGUAUCCACACAUUCAGAUGAACCCAUACCCUGUUCCAGAGCAUUUAGAUAAUAUUCCGACCAGCACUGGCAUUCCAUAUGGCAUGUCAAUGCCACCUGAGAAACCUGUCACAAGCUGGCUAGACAGCAAACCGGUACUUUCCACUCUGCCGUCGUCAGUAGGCAUGCUCCUCCCACCCACCAUGCCCAACCUGCCGUCUUUCAUCAAAAAAGAGGAUAAUUCUGUAGCUAUAACCAGCCCCCCAAGCUCAGCUAAGAGUGACUCAGGUACCGCCGAGCUGUCAAUGAAAAUCAACGAUGGCGUGUCUGAAGAAGGUGAAGGAGCAACCCUGCCUACCUCAAACGGGAAAACUGAAGAGGGCAGCCACUCCUCAAGCUUUUUGAAACAUGUGAGGUCUGCCUCUGACAGCAAUGCUGAGUAUACAACAUCUAAUAGCCCUCCCAUGAUGACAAACCCUCUCAUGCCCCUCAUGUCCGAGCAGUUUAGGGCUAAGUUCCCCUUUGGGGGCCUCCUAGAUCCCCUCCAGGGCUCUGAGACCUCCAAGCUGCAGCAGCUCGUGGAAAACAUUGACAGGAAAGUGACAGACCCAAACGAAUGUGUCAUCUGUCACCGAAUACUCAGCUGCCAGAGUGCUCUGAAAAUGCAUUACCGCACUCACACUGGAGAGAGGCCUUUCAAAUGCAAAGUGUGUGGUCGAGCUUUCACCACGAAGGGAAACCUCAAGACUCACUACAGCGUCCAUCGGGCCAUGCCACCACUUAGGGUCCAGCACUCUUGUCCCAUCUGCCAGAAAAAGUUCACCAAUGCGGUGGUUCUCCAGCAACACAUCCGAAUGCACAUGGGGGGACAGAUCCCCAACACCCCACUGCCUGACAGCUACCCUGAGUCCAUGGGCUCUGACACAGGGUCAUUCGAUGAGAGAAACUUUGAUGACCUGGACAAUUUUUCUGACGACGACGACAUGGAAGGGAUGGAGGGGUUGGAGGACUGCCCAGAUAGCAGCGUUCCAGACACCCCCAGAUCGGCUGACGCCCAUCAGGACAGUCUUGGUAACUCUCCCACACCACAUGACACAUAUGGCCAGGAUGGACAGGAGAACAACACCCAACAAAACUCCCAAAUGAAUGCCCAUCAACGGCUGAUGGAGGAGCUCCAUGCCAGUAGAAUGAAGGCCAUGGGGAAUGGCAUGAUGGAAGGGGAUUGCUUCACCAACGACGACUCUUCCAUGGGGGGGGACAACGAGAGCCAAAGUGUUGGAAGUCCAGCUGUUUCUGAAUCUACCUCUUCCAUGCAUGCACCAUCUCCCACCAGUGGGCAGCCACAUCAGCGAAAAUCCCCCAGCUUAGAUGAGAGAAACCAUAGGGCCAUGUCCCUGGAGCAGAUCAGUGCAAACCUCAUGCACUCGCACCCCUCCAGCAUCGGAGCGCUGGAUCUGACAUCGGUCAACCCUUCUAAGGAUCCCCUGGGCAUGCUGUUCCCCUUCCGUGAGCGCAGCACCUUCAAGAACACGGCCUGUGACAUCUGUGGGAAGACGUUUGCUUGUCAGAGUGCCUUGGACAUUCACUACCGAAGCCAUACCAAAGAGAGACCGUUCAUUUGCACAGCCUGUAACCGGGGCUUCUCCACCAAGGGAAACCUCAAGCAACACAUGCUCACCCACCAGAUGAGAGACCUACCCUCCCAGCUCUUUGAGCCUUCGAACACCUGCCUGUCCUCCAGCCCCACCCCCUCCCUGCUCUCCAUGGGCUCCUUGUCCUCCAUGAUAAAGUCAGAGGUCAAUGGCUUUCUCCAUGGCCUCCACCAAGAUUGCAAGGACAGCAUGCCUCCUGGCUUGGUCACAUCUUCGGCCUCCACAUCUCCUGUGCUCUCAGCCGCCCCCCCUCGUAGGACACCCAAGCAGCACUACUGCAACACCUGUGGGAAGACGUUCUCCUCCUCCAGUGCGUUGCAGAUCCAUGAGAGGACCCACACUGGAGAAAAGCCUUUUGCUUGUACCAUCUGUGGCCGAGCUUUCACCACCAAAGGAAAUCUCAAGGUUCACAUGGGCACACACAUGUGGAACAGCGCCCCUGCCAGACGUGGCCGCAGGCUCUCUGUCGACGGCCCCAUGGCCUUCCUGGGCACCAAUCCCAUCAAAUUCCCUGAAAUCUUCCAGAAGGACAUGGCGUCGAGGGCAGGAAACGGAGACCCGUCCAGUUUCUGGAACCAGUAUGCAGCAGCCUUCUCCAACGGCUUGGCAAUGAAGACCAAUGAGAUCUCUGUCAUACAGAAUGGAGGCCUCCCUUCCCUGUCUGGCAGUCUGGGGAACGGCGGCAGCUCGCCUGUGGGAGGCCUCACAGGCAGCCUGGACAGGAUGCACAGUACAGAACCCAAUGCCGCUCUGGCUGGCCUGGAGAAAAUGGCCAACACAGAGAAUGGGACCCACUUCCGAUUCACACGUUUUAUGGAGGACAACAAAGAGAUUGCUACCAACUAGAAUGUUUCUCCUUAAUCAGACAGACAGACCAACUCACACACACAAAUAUUGUUCAUGCAUACAUAUUUAGACACACACACACACACACACACACACACACACACACACACACACACACACACACACACACACACACACACACACACACACACACACACACACACACACACACAGGGAAGAGAACAAGACAAAGACAAAAAAUGUACUGCUUUGGCUUGCCAUUGAAACUUUACGAACACAAGUGUGAAGAAAACUUGCUUUUUUGUACAAUGUACAACCUGUUAUAGUUUUAAGGAGCUUAUUUAUUAGUGAUUAUAACCUUGCUCGGAACCAAGUGGAAGCAUUAACAGUUAGUUUCAUUUUCUGUUCUUCAGCCAGAAUGAGUAUGUAUGAGUGCUUAAAAUGUGCUUUUAAAAUUUAGCAUAUCUGGGUAGAUAACUUUACCUUGGCAUUAAGUUAUUUUCUGUGUAUAGGUAUAACAAAACUGUUGAUGUUCAUGUGAUGCAUUAGAUCUGUAAUAAACAAAACAGAAUGGCUGUAAAUAGUGUACACUGAUCUAUAAUAGAUGGUCUAACAGCUGUGUAUUAACGUUCCCCAAGAAAAAGAAAAAAGAAAAAAAGAUUUUUCAGGCAAGGGACUACAAUAUGAAAAUAUAAAAGCCCCUCUUUUAUCAACCCCAAUUUAACUUUAUUUAAGGAAAAAAACAUACAACUGCUGCAUUUCAAGUGUUACUUCUAAGAGUUAAUCUGUUUUGUUUCUGUUGUUCGAUGUAGUGUAGGCUUCCUUUUACUUUUCUUUGACUUCCAUAGUUCCUUUUUCCUUCAUCCUUCUCGUUUCGUUUUUCUUUUGUUAUAAAGUCAACAGACAGUUGUUUGGGGAAUAUCGUCAUUCUGAGAAGCCCACAUCCUGGUUUUAACUGAGAAAGCUAAUCGUAUGGGUGUGAUUCUCCUGUAGGCUAAUUCCUCCGCUGGAUUUCCACAUUGCUGCUAUGUUCUAGCAUCCUCGUUGACAUCAAGUGCAAAUAUGUGUUGAAGCGUCUGUAAAUAAUGUCAGAUGGGGAACUACAAAUUCCAUCACAACAAAAUGUACAUAUAGCUCACAAGACAAAGUCCAUCUUGGCCAGGGGACAAAUGAUAGUGUUUUUAUAAAUAUAUAUAUAUAGGUUUGACAAACCUUCGGACUGUUACAUGCACUUUCUUGGAAAGUUGGAAGAUCUUUAUGGGUCCAGUUUCUCUACACUUUAAUACUUACUAACAACUAAGAUACUGUAAUUCUUUACUCUAAUAAUCAAAUACAUCAGUUUUCCAAAAGAAACAUUGUGUGUGUUUUUGUG